UACCUCCCACAUGCAUAUAUUGUAUUUACUCUAAAUGUUACCUGAGUGGGGCUGUUUCUGGUCAUCUUCAUCCCACUUCCACUUCCCAUUCACUCUUAGUUCCACUUUCCACACCAAAGCUACUGAGGCUUACCCUGCCAUUUUACAUUUUGAUUUUUACAUUUUUGUUCAACUUCGUCAUUAUCCCGCAAAUAUUAAAUAUCCUUCAUAUUCUUAUUCUUCUCCAUCUUCCGAAGCGUCUUUUGUUUGUUAUCUGUACAACUUAUCUACCAGGCUUCGUCAAUGUUAUCAAACCGCCGACAGCCUCAUUUGUGAUAUUUUACUUAUCGCACAUAUCAACGUGGUCCUUUUAUGGAUAGCUAGGUAUUAUAAGCUCACCAGAGCCGGCAACUUAUCACGCCGCAUAGACCAAAAGGCAUAGACAAACGUCGGCCUUACAAUCAUAGGCCGUAUAGGAGGGAUAUCGAUCAGGUCGAUUACGAUACCUAUCAUUUCGAUUCAUUUGACCUUCAUUCGGACCUACGAAACAGCUCAUUGCGUAAUCUGUUAUUCCAACUUUGGCACAAUAUGAUGUCGGCACAGCUCCAGCAGCCCUCGCAGGGUGGCCAGGCUGGCGCUAACCUAUCAACUUCUAAGAUUCAGCCUUCCCCGUCGGGACUUGAACAAUCCAUUUCUGCCGAUGCGAAGCCUCUCAGAAAUCGUGCUGCAGACAGUAGGAGUCCCUUCGUGCGAGCACACGCCAACAGCCUAGUAGCUUGGCAACUUCUAGACGAUGAUGCCGUGGGCCGAGCGAAGAGGGAGAACAAGUUAAUAUUCCUUAGUAUCGGCUUCUUGGCCUCUCAUUACUGUUAUCUUACGAGACAGGAGUCUUUCUCUAACCCCAAAGUCGCAUCUUUUCUGAACGAGAACUUCGUGCCUAUUCUAAUCGACCGGGAGGAACGACCUGAUAUCGAUAGUAUAUAUAUAACCUACAAUCAAUCUCUCAGCGGAACUGGUGGCUGGCCGCUCAAUGUCUUCCUCACCCCUGAGCUUGAACCGGUUUUUAGUGGCACGUACUGGGCCACCCCUGGCGUUCAAGAUGAAGUUGAGUCAGAAAGCGACGGGACUGACAAAGCCCUUGAUUGGCUCAUUGUGAUUAAGAAAGUAUUUGCCUCAUGGGUAGAUGAGGAACCCCGUGUUCGCGAAGAAGCUAAGAAGAUGGUGAUCGAAUUAAGCCAUAUUUCGGCCGAGGGGACUUUGAAUCACGCAGGGGAUGAUUUUCUGUCCCCUGCUCCAGCCUCCACUCAAGUAGAUACUACUGCUGCCGCAUCUAUCGACUAUUCCCGCGAGGUUUAUGGCGAAGUCGACCUGGAUCAGAUCGAGGAGGCUUAUGAGCGAAUCACAAGAACCUUUGAUCCCAUGUUCGGUGGUUUCGGCCUUGAGGAUAAGUUCCUAACUCCGGCUAAGCUUUCGCUACUUCUACGAGCAACUCGGUUCCCGAAAGUUGUUCAGGAUGUAGUUGGACCGAAUGAGUGCACGUAUAUUAGUGGCAUGGGCCUACAUACCUUGCGAAGAAUUGUCACCGGUGCCGUGCAUGAUCACAUAGGAGGCGGCUUCCAUCGAUACUCGAUUACAAGAAACUGGUCAUUACCAGCUUUCGAGAAGAUGCUUAUAGACAAUGCGCUUCUUCUUGGACUCUUCUUAGAUGCAUGGCUUUUGUCCGGAGGCACGAAGGAUGGUGAAUUUGCUGACAUGGUAGUUGAGGUUGCCGAUUACAUCACUAGCGAUAGGAUGCUAUCCGCCAAAGGUGGUUUCUUCACCAGCGAAGUGGCAGACUCAUAUAACCGAAAGGGUGACAAAGUUAGGCAGAAUGGGGCAUAUUACCUGUGGACUCGGAAAGAGUUUGAGGCCGUCGUUGGCGAUGAACAAGAUAGUGAAACUGCUGCUGCGUACUGGAACGUUCAAGAACAUGGCAACGUCGAACGCGAAUACGACCCCCACGACGAGUAUCUCAAUCAGAAUGUUCUGCAGAUUGUGAAGAAUUCCACAAGAUUAAGCAAGCAACUCGGCAUCUCAGAGGAAGACGUAAAACAGCGAAUUAACGCCGCUAAGAAUAAACUACGUUCACACCGGCAAAAGGAGCGUAUUCAACCAGACAUUGACACGAAGAUCGUCACGUCAUACAACGGCAUGGCAAUUGCUGCCCUUACACGAACAGCCUUGGCAUUGAUUCAUUCCGGAAGUGCUGUAGCUGAACAAGGAAGAAAAUACCUCGAAGUAGCAAAGAACGCAGCUUUAUUUAUCAAGAAGGAGCUUUGGGAUGACAACAAGAAAAUCCUGUAUCGAGUAUACUCCGAAGGCCAAGCCUAUAUUGAGGCAUAUGCAGAAGAUUAUGCCUCCGUUAUUGAAGGACUCAUUGAAUUAUACCAAGGAACUGCCGAUGAGUCCUGGCUCAAGUGGGCCGAUGAACUCCAGACACUGCAAAUCACACUUUUCUACGACAACCCUACGCCUACGCCUACGACGGCAAACGCUAGAUGCGGAGCCUUCUACUCCACGGUUUUAGGUGCGCCGUACACACUACUACGAAUCAAGGAUGCUAUGGACACUUCUCAGCCGUCCGUCAACGCCAUAUCCGUGUCAAACUUGUUCAGGCUCGGAGGGCUACUGGGAGAUGAGAAGUACACAUACAUGGCCAAGGAAAGCGUCAACGCCUUUGGUGUCGAGAUGCUGGAGCAUCCAAACCUUUUCCCGGGCUUGCUCUGUGGCAUUGUCCCUUGGAAACUGGGUGGUCGCCACUGGAUCAUCGUUGGAGAGAAUCCCGAAACCACGCAAUUGGCAGCAUUUCACAGAGCCCCCCGCGCUGCUCUAUCUACGCUGCGAUAUCACGAUCCUCAAAAGGUAGGUUCAUGGUUGAGUAAUCGAGACCGAAGAGCCACCUCCUUCCCACAGGAUCAAGCUAUAUACGAGCCAUCUCGAGACGGCACAUACCGAAAGCUUGAUAACAAUGAAUUGAAAGAGGUAGAUCCCUCUUAGUCAAACACCUCUCGCCUAUAAGAAUAUGGUCGGUCUCUCUAAAGAGUGGGCGGUUCUCACAGUGGCUAACGACGCACCAAGAGAUGCAUACAUCCAUGGAUGAUAUGACGGGGUUAAUAUAUGUUUUUGUCUAUAAGUCGUACGGGGAUUCAUCACGAGAAAUAUGAGGCAGAUACCAUAGGAGAGAUAGGGCGUCUACGGUACUCAUCAUGUUCAGGAGUGGUUUCUAUCAUACCCUCCUCCCCUUUUCUGCAUUGUUUGGCGAUUUGCAUAUGUAGACGAGGUUCUUUCAUGAGGGGGUUUCUUUUUCCCCCCUCUUGGUAUCUCUUUCAUGAAUCUACACUUCAAAUUGGUGCAAGGGUAUUGACAGGCCUAUUUGUUACUGAUCUGGACUUAUUGACCCCCUUGAAGAUAUGGUCUAAUGGUGCUUAAUCAGGUGGGCGCCUACCUAGGUAUUUAGGCUAGGCUUGUGAUUCGAAUAGGAAGAUAAUGGUUCUCUCUUAGCAGAAGUCGUUCGAAGCAUUCUUUACCUAUGUAUCUAUUAUUGAAUCGUUGUAUGGCGAAAUAGAGAUAUCUAAUAGUUCAA